AUGGGGAUUUUGGUGAUUGUGGCCGAUUGUGGUGAUUGUGGCGGUGUCGGUGUAGGUGGUGAUUAUGGUGGUGAUGGUGAUGGUAGGUGUGAUAGGUGGGGAAAAAUGAACCAAAUGGAUAUUGGUAAUGGGGAAAUAGUUGGCAUUGAGAAAUUGGGAAAUGAUGAAGAGAGGAAAGUAAAUGAAGAUGAAAAGGGAGAUGAAGAUAAAAAGGUAACUGAAGAGGAAGACGAAGAUAUAAAGGUAAUUGAAGAAGAUGAAGAUAUAAAGGUAAUUGAAGAAGAUGAAGAUAAAAAGAUUUUCUAUGGUGGAUGUGAAGGUCCUAAUUCUACAUACAUCAAGUUAAUAUCUUGUCAUGACCAUGAAUUCAUCAUUAAAAGGAAAGAUGCCUUCACCUCAAAUUUAAUUCAAGCUAUGAUGUCAAGUUCAACAAAGUGUAUUGAAAAUGAAAAAAAUGAAAUCCAUUUUAAAACAAUUUCAUCAUAUCUUCUUCAAAAAGUGUGUACAUAUUUCACCUACAAUACUCAAUUCAAGAAAAAUGAGAUUACUAUUGAUCCUGAAUUUCCAAUUGAAAAUAAUAUUGCUCUAGAUCUGCUUUUGGUUGCUGAUUUCCUUGAUUGUUAA